AUGAUCUACAUUAAAGGCAGACAGGGAUAGUCUUGAAUAUAAUUUGAGUUUAAAAUCUCAGACCAGUUUCAUUUUCUUUUUUAAUUUAACUUUAGGAUUUGGAUGUGGAAUUCAGCUUGUUUUCUUUUUCUAAUCUUGAAUUAUUUCUUUUUUUUGCUGCACAUGUGCGUCUCCCUAUUAAAUCAUCAUUAGGGGUCCUGUUUCUGUGCCCACCCACAAUUUAAAGAUUUCAGGGAGGGACUUUGCCUUUCAACAUUUAACCAGUAAGCAGCCUGAUCCCGGUGAGACAGAGGGCUUUUCAAAACCUGGAAUUAAGCCAAGCAGACCUGCACCAAGCAGGGAACCCCUUACAUUUUACCCCAGUGAUGUAAAGUAAAAUCUAACGAGCUUUUUUUUUAUAUAAUGGAUGGAUGUAUGUAUGCUUUUGACGCGCUACGGAUCUUUUGAAGAGCUCUUCACCGCUCAGCCAGCUGGAUCAGAUUUUUGAUAAAUGUGAGGGGAAAUAGCUCCAAGGUGGUUAUAUCAGAGACUUUGUUGGUGUGGAUGGACAGGUCAGGAGUGCAAAUUCAACACUGUGGGAGCUCCUUUGGAUUUAUUUACCGCAUCCUUCUGGGAUUUAUCUGCCUCAAGAUUCCGUUUCUUGAUCGGACUAAAUAAAAAGGAGAAUGUAUGGAAUAAACCAGCGCUGUAUUUACAUAUCAUUUCAUUUUUUCGUGCUGUGGUGCCAUGCUCAGGGGGAGAAUCACCCGUCUCCUAAUUUUAACCAGUAUGUGAGGACGCAGGGCGCAGUGACGGACCAGCUCAGCCGCAGACAGGUCAGGGUGUACCAGCUCUACAGCCGCACCAGCGGGAAACACGUCCAGAUUCAGGGCAAAAGGGUCACCGCCACAGCUGAGGAUGGAAAUAUGUACGCUCGUCUUUUUGUUGAGACGGAUACCUUUGGCAGUCGAGUGAGGAUAAGAGGUGCGGAGAGUGAGCGCUACCUCUGCAUGAACCGGAAGGGGAAACUUGUUGGAAAGCCCAAUGGCCGGAGCAGGGAUUGUAUCUUCACAGAGGUAGUACUGGAGAACAAUUACACAGCCUUCCAGAAUGCCAAGUAUGAGGGCUGGUACGUGGCUUUCACCAGGAAAGGGAGGCCCAUCAAAGCUUCCAGGACGAGGAAGAACCAGAGAGAGGUCCAUUUCAUCAAGAGGCUACACACGGGCCCGCCUCCCUUCCCCAACACGGACCAAAGCAAACACUUUGAGUUCAUCCGAUUUCCGGCCACACGUCGAGUGAAGCGGAACAGGAAAUCCCGUACCUCUUCCUAACACACAGCAAAAAAAAAAAUGGACAGAUGACAGUUGUGAUACAGGAAGAAACAGAUGCGAUUUUAUUUUUGUAUAUUUUUGAUAGGUAAAAUAUAGUUAAAAUGCCAUAAAUCUAAAGUAAUAUUGCUGUAAAAUUAUCAGUUCAAUUCAAUUCAAUUUUAUUUAUCUCAGAAGUUAUCUCAUUGCACUUUUCCUAUAGAGCAGGUCUAGACCGUACUCUUUAUAAUAUUAUUUACAGAAACCCAACACAUCCCACGAUGAACAAGCAUUUGGCGACAGUGGCAAGAAAAAAACUUUUAAGAGGCGGAAACCUUGGACAGAACCAGACUCAAUGGUGGGCGGCCAUCCGCCGCUGCCGUGUUAGGUUAUCAUGUGUAAAUACUGAAAGAGAGUAAAGAAGAUGGAUUAUA